AUGUUUUCCAAAAAAAUUAAACGUUCAAAUAUUCCAACAAGAUUAUUUACAAUAAUGGUAAGAAAAGCUUGUGAUGAGUCCGCAGUAGGAAGAGCAAGAAGGGGAAGGCCCAGCAAACAGAAGAAGGAUGAUAACAUCACACGGACUGGUUUUGAUGGGAACACUACUCCACCAUGGAGAAAAACCGUCUCGAUCUAUAAGCAGCCCGUCACUUUAGUUAUGACAACGAGCAAAGAUACGAAAAGAGGCCCCACGGAAGAGAAGAUGAGAAAAGCAACUAAUAAAUCGGAAUUCAAGCCGUUUCCCGUUUUAUGGGCUAAAUCUCUGCAGGGUUUGUCAUCUUGCUCCCCUUUAAGCGUGGCUGAUAAGUUAGAUUUGAAAAGUGUCGAAUAUACAUCAGACCACUUACAUAUCGUUGGCAAGAUCGAGAAAGCCACGAAUGUUUUUGAUGAAGUAGCCACUGCUGCAACUUUGUUUAAUACUCUUCAUCAUCCACUACAGCCUGGUGCUUUCGGCCAAAAAGCCGAUAAGGAAAAACUAGAGACCAAUUUAUGUCUUUAUAUAAACCCGGAGCAACCUUUAGUCGCGCCAAUUACUAUAACUCCAGAAGAAAUUAAUUCACAAGAAAAACGUGUAUUAGACGCUAGAAAACGUCUGCAAGAAGUUAUCAAACAUUUCGGAUAG